AUGGAGUCUGAGAAAUAGUCAAUGUCUCAAAGACUAAUUACCAGAUUAUCUGGGAAAAAUGAAUCCUACAAAUAUAUUACCUCACUAGAGUCGAUUUCUCCAAAUUCAGAACUAUUCAAAGCAGCUUAAACUAGAAAUUUGUUCGCAGUUUCAUUUGAUAAAGCUAUGGGAUAAGCCAAAGAUUUCUGCACUUAAAUAUCAACUUUAAAACUCAUGGAAUUUUCAAACUAGAAUAAAAGCCAGAUAGAUAUCUAAGCAUAUGCUAAUCAGCAAAAUGAAGCAGAGGAGUGUUAUGUAUAAUAGUUGAAUAAAUAUCUAGAUUCAAUGAAUGCUCUAGGAUCUAGAUAUGCUGUUUGCAAGCAGGAGUGUUUUGAUAAGGAUCCCUAAUUAAAGAGAGAGUAUGAGAUUAGAUAAGAGUAGCAGGGAAAGAAAAGUGAGUUCUUUAAUGCUAUGAGCACCAAUAUGUGUCUCACUUAGUGCAGAUAGCAUUUUUAUUUUACUUUCAAACGUACUUCGAAUUAUUUCUCUGAUAAGAAAGGGUUUUAUAUAGAGAGUUCCAAGGAUUACUAUUGA